AUGUCUAACAAGCCGAUCUUUGUGGCUACACAUCCUCGAGCAUGCUCGACAGCCUUUGAACGAGUCUUCAUGACUCAGCGAGAUACUAUUCAAUGUGUCCAUGAGCCAUUUGGCGAUGCAUUCUACUACGGCCCGGAGCGCCUCUCCAGCCGGUUCGCAGGCGAUGAACAUGCCCAAGAACGCCUGGAUAGUGGAUUCGCCAAAUCAACAUAUAGUACCGUGAUGGAUAGGCUCGAGCGAGAAACUACUCAGGGAAAGAGAAUUUUCAUCAAAGAUAUCGACCAUUACCUGCUUCCACCCAAUGGACAGCCCGCCAGUAUCGCCCCGUCUCUACUGCGCCUUAAGCGUGGAGUCGGGACCAACGGCGAGUCGCACCAGGCCAAUGGUGUGAACGGUGCCAACAGCACUGUCCACACCAACGGCCAUUCCGUCUUGCCAAACGGUCACACCAACGGGGUCAACGGGGCCUUGAAUGGUGUGAACGGUCAUCACGAGACGAACGGUCACACCAACGGAACUUCCAAAGAACCAUACCCAUACGGCACACCGGCAGAGCCGGGAAACCCAACGGUGAUGCCGCGCGAGCUGCAAGAAAAGUUCCACUGGGCGUUCCUAAUCCGUGACCCGCACUACAGCGUGCCGUCGUACCUGCGGUGCACGAUCCCACCUCUGGAUGAGGUGACUGGGUUCCACAACUACGACCCUCUGGAGGCCGGGUACGAUGAGCUGCGCCGUCACUUCGAUUAUCUGCUCGAGACCGGAUUGAUCGGGCCCCAAGUUGCAACGCGCGCUGAUCUGAACGCCCAGGCCGAUCCCCAGGCGACGACUGGCGUUGAGGUCUGUGUCAUCGAUGCAGAUGAUAUGCUUGACGAGCCGGCGAAGACUAUUGAGGCGUUCUGUAACAGUGUUGAUCUGCCAUAUAGGCCGGAGAUGCUGACAUGGGAUACGGAGAAGGACCAUGCUGUUGCUCGGAAUGCAUUUGAGAAGUGGCGUGGGUUCCAUAAUGAUGCUAUUGAGUCGAAGGCUCUGGUACAGAGAGCUCAUAAACGUGCUGUCAAGACCGAGGAGGAGUUUGACGCCGAAUGGCAGAAGAAGUAUGGUGAGAAGCAGGCUGCUCUUAUCCGUCGGACAGUCGACGCCAACAUGGCCGAUUACCUAUACCUCAAGGCAUUCGCAGUGAAGGUUUAG